AUGGAUGAACGAGUGAAGGUUCAUGGAAUGGCCAAGAGUCCAUACUACUGGAGAGUGGCAUGGACCCUGAAGCUCAAAGGUGUGCCCUUCGAGUACAUAGAAGAAGACCUCUCCAGCAAAAGCCAAGUGCUUCUUCGGUACAACCCCGUCUACGGUAAGGUCCCUGUCCUCGUCCAUGGCGGGAAACCCAUUUGUGAGUCCUCUGCGAUCAUGGAGUACAUAGACGAGACGUGGUCUGAUCAUGGCGCCCCUUUGAUGCCUGGUCGCCCUUACGAUCGAGCCAUGGCUCGGUUCUGGACCAAGUUUGCGGACGACAAGGUAAUUUGA